GAAAUAUUUUCGGAAUUAUCGUCGUUCAUAUUGCUAAAUAAAUGAUACAAAUCAGUUAUUUUCGUCACUUUAAGGUUCAUCAUUCUCCAUAUUUCGAUAAAUUCACAACUAUCUUGAAAACUGAUUUUUCUUCUUUCCGCAAACCGAUAAAUCCGGGUUAAUUUACUUUCCAUUGUAGGGUCAAGGUUAAAGAUAUAUUGCAAUCAACUCGCCAUCAUAUGAAGAAAACUUUCGUCAAGUCUUCAACUGUUACAUUUUCGAUACUUAAAACAGAGCUUCCUGUUUUUCUAUCAGUCAGACCUAUGACCUUAGAGAAGUAUGCGUGCAAUAUUCAACUUUAUCCUCUAUCUCAUCACAUUUGCUCUAACCGUUGGAAUAAAUCUUCAGCGUCUAAAAGAUCAAGUUUACGAAUAUCAUACGGCACGAAGACUUCAAGCAUGGAAGCAAUGUAGUGCUAAUCCUCAAUCACCUGUGACUGCUGCGUUACAUAACGCAGCAGUAACAGGUCCAAAAGUUGCAAAUCUACAAAAACGCAAUCGCAGGGAUGUCAGUUCAAGGGAUGUUGCUACACUUUUGGAUGGAAACAUUGGUAGACUCAUUAGAGAAAAUGAAAAAUUAGAACUGGAUGAUGUCCCCGCUAAGGAUUUUACUAUAGAAUUAUGGCUUAAACCAGAAGGUGGACAACAAGAUCCUGCUAUUAUUUUAAAAGCUGAAAAUUUAUGUAGCACAUUUACUAGUAAAGGAUGGGAAUUAGGUAUUAAAGUUAUGCAAUAUUAUAAAAAGCGAAAUGCAAGAUUAUAUUUCUCAAUGGAGACUGUCCAAAAUCACCAGCCAACAGUAUUAUUUGCUCCAUUCAACUACAAACCUGGUAAAUGGGUUUAUGUCUUAGUUUCUUAUGAUAGGAAUACUCUUAUAUUGUAUAUAAAUGGAGCACAGGUUGCAGUUAGUAGAGUGCAAAAAGGAGAUGUAUUUAUUACAGAUAGAACAUGCUCUCUUUUACAUCUAGGAGGAUAUCGAAAUUCAUAUAUCCGUGGCACCAUUGAUAAACUGAGAAUAUGGAAUCACUCAGUUUUUCCUGGUAAUGUUAAAAAAUAUAUGAAAGGGCAUACAAAUAGUGAAUAUGAGAAGUUACUUUUUGAUGAAUUUGAUUCACUUGACCAAUGGUUAUGGAACAAUACAUUUAAUAUUGAAAAUUCAAACCCAAAAUUAGUUGCUUCGGAUAUACCUACUAAUCCUUUAUCUUUCCAAUUUAUGCCUUCCAUUUGUGGAUUCACUCUUUGCGAUGAUCCAGAAAUAGUAAGAAGCUAUCAAUCUAGUUGGGAAUUGAGACGUCCAAAGAAAAUAAGAUAUCGAAUCAUAAAUGUGCGAAAUUCAGAUGGAUCAAAUCCAACAGUUACUGAUCAACAGAUUAUCAAUCAACAUCGUGCCCUACAGUCAGCAUUUUUACCUUACAACAUAACCUGGGAACUGUAUAAAGAAUCCAUAUAUAACACUUCACUCAGAUCCCAUACAAUAAUGUUCGGUUGCAAUCCACAAAAUAUUGGAAAUGGACGAUGUGAUCCAGAGUGUCAAUUCACUGUUACUGGAAAUGAUGGGGGAGAUUGCAAUAAAGAAGAAAUUAAAUGCACUAAACAGCAGUUAGAAAAUGGAAUUUGCAAUCCAGAAUGCAAUCAAGUAUAUAAUAAUUGGGAUAACGGAGACUGCUGUAAAGAAAAACAAUUAAAUAAUUGUAUUGAUCCAUCUUCACCAAACAGAAUAUAUUUGGACAUUGAAGAAUAUAAAUCAUUACUUAAUUUCAAUAAUUCAAAGUAUCUUAAUAUUCUAUUUGCAAACUGGACAAAUAAGGAUAUAUUAGGGAUAGCAACCUUUCCCUGGGAAAAAGAGGUUUAUUCGGAGUAUGGUGGAGUUGUGGUGAAGCCUGAUGAAUUUGGAAGAAAAGGAAAAUUGGAUACAUUAAUUCAUGAACUUGGACAUGUACUAGGAUUAUGGCAUGUUCAUCAUGGAAUCAGUGAAGUGGAUUGCCAUGAUCCAUGUUUUGAGAAGGAAGCUAGUAUGAAUGUAGGAGAUUUAUGUGAAGAUACAAAUCCAACACCAAGUAAUGAAAAAUGUCAUGACCCUCCAUAUAAAAUAGAUAGAUGUGGAAUUUCAAAAUUUGUUAAUACUCCAUUUAAAAACUAUAUGGGUUAUACAGAUUGUGCUAGUUCUUUUAGUGCACAACAAGCAGCAAGAAUGCAUUGUUAUAUAGACUUACAAUAUCAAAGAUGGAAUGAAAAUUUUUAUAUUCUACCACCUCCCCCUCUUUCUCCAAAAAUCGUCUCUUCAUCACAAUCAUCUCUCACUUUAGCUUGGAUUCCACCUCUUUCGAGGAUUAUUGAAAACAAUUUUGACUGUUCUAAAUGUACUAAAGAUUUAGAAUUAAUACAAUUUGCUCAAAAAGCAGAAGCCUCUAGUUCUUUCCCAGAUUUUUGGUUACCAUCACAAGCAACUGGUCCACCUGAUGCUCAGAUUUGUGUUAUAGAUGAUAAAGUUUGGAUACCAUAUUCACACAACAGAUAUGAAGAUUAUGAACUUAUUCUUAGUUUUGAAUAUCCAAUAAUUCCAAGUUUAUUAUCUAUAUGGAUAACAUGGAAAGCAAAACAUGAUUUAAAAGAAAUUGAAAUAAUAUUUACAGAUGGGAGUAAUAUUAUAUUAACUGAUAUACACACAUAUUGUGAUAUUCCUUAUACAAUACCACUUUUUGUUAAUAAAGAACUUAGCAAGGUUCGUUUAACGGGUAGUUUCUUAUUUGGUGUGGAUUCAAUGCAAGUCAUAUCUACAGCUAACAAUGAUUACUGCACAAGAUGUAAACCUAUGCAUUAUCGAAUAUCACGCACUCCAGAGUUUUCGAUGGGAUUACAUCAAGAGGUGGAUAGUAGUGAAUUUACAGACAAUGAUGUCAAAUUUGGAGAAGUUUAUACUUACACUGUUCAAGCACUGAUACCAAAUUAUUCAUCUCACAUGUCAUCACCCCUCAGAAUUAAACAUGGAGAUAAUUUCUGUGGUGAUGGAAAGAUUAAUGGACAAGAGCAGUGCGAUGAUGGAAAUUUAGCAAAUAACGAUGGAUGCAAUAUGAAUUGUGAAAUGGAAGAAUCAUAUAUGUGUUAUGGUGAACCAAGUCUAUGUUACUGGCAUAAAGGAGAUGGUAAAUGUGAAGAUUAUGAAAUUAAAACUAGUGUAACUGACUGUGGAUAUUACACACCCGAACAGUUUGAAGAUCAAUGGGCAACGUCUAUAAACACAUCACAAUUAUCCAUCAGUGAUUUCUGUUCAAAAGAUAUUGUUAUUGGACCUCCAAUAAAACCAGAAAUCUGUGAAUCCGAACCAAAUUCUAAUAUAUCGUGGUAUCCUCGUGAUAAUUUUUCAGAGACAAAUUAUUGGCUACUGGCAUCAUUUUCUAAACCAGUUGUUGCUACAUCAAUUUUUUUAUAUAUAGGAUCAGAUGGUCAGUCAACACUCAUUAGCAAUUCUAAUCAAAUCAGUAUUCAUCUUUUAGAUUCCAAUAAUAAUGUUCAUUAUUCUGCUGAGACUGUUAUAUCGUGUUCUCAAAAUCCAAUUGAAUUUCGAAUUGUUCACGAUCUCAGUAGACAGUUUUAUUUAACAUCAAAAAUAAACAUAACAUUUGAAUCAUCUGAUAUAUCUAUAUCAGCAAUUUUACUCAGAUCAGCCAAAUAUUUAAAUCCAAUUAUUAUACGACAAUGCAAAGAAACAGAACUAUAUAGUCCGAAAUUACAGAAAUGUGUGAUGUAUUCUAAUUGUAAGAAGCCGGCAUGUUCAAAACCAUUAUCAAAAAAUUAUCAGUUGAAUUGCACUGGAUAUAAAGAAGGAGACUAUUGUUACGUUAAUUGUAAUAGUGGUUAUUAUUCUGAAAAAUCAAAAACCAAUGUUAUCACCUGUAUAGAUGGUAAAUGGAUUGGGCCAGAAAUUCUUUGUAAACCAAUAGAUUGUGGUCCACCCACAAUAAUGCAUGCUUUCACCAUUUGUCCAGAAGGAACAACUUUAGGAAAAACGUGUAAUUUUAAGUGCAAGUCGCCUGCUCGGUUAAAAGGUGAUAUUACAGCAAAUACUAUUACUUGUGAGGAAGAUGGAUUUUGGUCCAUACCAGAUACACCAUGUCAAAUAUUAUGUCCUCCUCUUCAAUUACUUCCUUCUAUAAUUUAUUCAAAAACACAAUGUCAAAUGUACAGUUUUCAAACCGGACAUAGAUGCUAUUUCCAAUGUAAAUCAGGAUAUCAAAUAAUUGGCCAACCAAAGAAAAAAAAGUUUUAUGCAGUUUGUGAUGCUCAUGGAUCAUGGCAAGGACCACAGUGUAUUCCAAUUACAGAAAAUUAACUAUAAAAUUAUUUAGAUUAUUACUUGAAAGUAACGAUUUUUCUCAAGGGUUUAUUUUCUUUUCUAAUAUAUUUCCUUAUUAUUAAAAGGAUAUAAAAAUGUUAAGAUCUGAA